GAGGAGAAUUGGGGGCCAUUUUGUGAAGAGACGAAGGUUGAGCGGGUGCAGCUGCGCGCCUUACUGACCUCGAGCAGCAGUCGGCUUCUCCACGUAGAGUACGGGAGUAGGGGAUUCAGAAUUGAAUCUCUUCUCCCUGCUCCCUUCUGGUUACAAAAUCACUUGAAAUUUAUAAGUUAGUGGAACUUUGCUUGAGUGAGAUUUUUUUGAUCUUCAGCUACAUUUUUUGACUUUGUGAAGAACCUUACCAUCAAAGACAAUGGCCAGCAAUGUUACCAACAAGACAGAUCCUCGCUCUAUGAACUCCCGUGUAUUCAUUGGGAAUCUCAAUACUCUUGUGGUCAAGAAGUCUGAUGUGGAGGCAAUCUUCUCAAAAUACGGCAAAAUUGUGGGUUGCUCAGUUCAUAAGGGCUUUGCCUUCGUUCAGUAUGUUAAUGAGAGAAAUGCCCGGGCUGCAGUGGCAGGAGAGGAUGGCAGAAUGAUUGCUGGCCAGGUUUUAGAUAUUAAUCUGGCUGCAGAGCCAAAAGUGAACCGAGGAAAAGCAGGUGUGAAACGAUCUGCAGCGGAGAUGUACGGGUCAGUACCAGAACACCCUUCUCCGUCCCCUCUACUCAGCUCCUCUUUUGACUUGGACUAUGACUUUCAACGGGAUUAUUAUGACAGGAUGUACAGUUACCCAGCUCGAGUUCCUCCUCCUCCUCCUAUUGCCCGGGCUGUAGUGCCCUCCAAACGCCAGCGUGUAUCAGGAAAUACCUCACGAAGGGGCAAAAGUGGCUUCAAUUCUAAGAGUGGACAGCGAGGAUCCUCUUCUAAGUCUGGGAAAUUGAAAGGAGAUGACCUGCAGACGAUUAAGAAGGAAUUGACCCAGAUAAAACAAAAAGUGGAUUCUCUACUGGAAAGCCUGGAAAAAAUUGAAAAGGAACAGAGCAAACAAGGAGUAGAGAUGAAGAAUGAUAAGUCAGAAGAGGAGCAGAGCAGCAGCUCCCUGAAGAAAGAUGAGACUAAUGUGAAGAUGGAGUCUGAGGGGGGUGCAGAUGACUCUGCUGAGGAGGGGGACCUACUGGAUGAUGAUGAUAAUGAAGAUCGGGGGGAUGACCAGCUGGAGUUGAUCAAGGAUGAUGAAAAAGAGGCUGAGGAAGGAGAGGAUGACAGAGACAGCGCCAAUUGCGAGGAUGACUCUUAAGCACAUAGUGGGGUUUAGAAAUCUUGUCCCAUUAUUUCUUUACCUAGGCGCUUGUCUUAGAUCAAAAAUUUCACCAGUCCUCUCCUCUAGUAUCUUCAGCACAUGCUCACUGUUCUCCCCAUCCUUAUCCUUCCCAUGUUCAUUAAUUCAUAUUGCCCUGCGCCUAGUCCCAUUUUCACUUCCUUUGACGCUCCUAGUAGUUAUGUUAAGUCUUACCCUGUAAUUUUUGCUUUUAAUUUUGAUACCUCUUUAUGACUUAACAAUAAAAAGGAUGUGUGGUUUUUAUCAACUGUCUCUAAAAUAAUCUCUUGUUGUGCAGGGAGUGCAGUUCUUUACAUUCACACAUGAGCUCAGUAACUGCUUCCCUAACUUGCAAGGCAAUCUCAUUAGUUGACUAGCACCUGAGAGCAGCUUUGAGUUAGAGUGUGUGUGCUAAGCCCUGGGAAGAGUGCUAUGUGGGGCUGGUCAACACAAAUGUAACAAUGUAUUUUUGUGAAUGGGAGUUGGCAUGUCAGAUGCAUCCUCUAGAAAAAUAGUGUUAAUAGUCUUAAGAUUUGUUUUCUAAAGUUGAUACUGUGGGUUAUUUUUGUGAACAGCCUGAUGUUUGGGACCUUUUUUUCUCAAAAUAAACAAGUCCUUAUUAAACCAGGAAUUUGGAAAAAAACAA